UUGAUGGAGAGGAUUUCGAAUGACAGCCGGGACAGUGGUCAUCACAGGCGGUAUUUUAGCUACAGUUAUCUUACUGUGCAUCAUCGCAGUACUGUGUUACUGUAGGCUGCAGUAUUAUUGCUGUAAGAAAGAGGAGUCUGAGUCGGAGGAGGAGGAGCCCGACUUCGCGGUGACGUCCCGCCUCCCGCCUGUACACGCCAACCACAACAUCGUGGCGGCGUCGGCCACCGCCUCCAACCCCAACGGCCCCGCCCUCUUCACCCCGCCGUUGGCGCGUAAACUGACGCGCUCGCAGACAUUCUGCCCGUCGUGCACGCACCAUGAGCUGCCCUUCUACCUGCAGCACCCAGACGGACUGCGGAACGGCGGCGACCGCAUCAGCUACCGCAGUGUCCAGCAACACGACCUGGACCUGCCCUUAGAAAUCCCCAGCUACCACAAACUCAACCUGACCCGGUCGGUCACUAUGAGGGACAUGUUCAACCGCAGCUGCAGCAUCAGCACUGACGUUUAGUGGCAUCAGCGCCACCUGGUGGCAUUGAGGACUCAUGGAAAUGGAUGGAUAAUACAAUUGGGACAGAUAGUGGGACUGUGAUUCUCCCAUGAACCUCUGUCUUACGCUCAGUUAUAACCACACAUUAACUGGCAAAAAGAUAAAUCUGCGAGUUUGUCCUCUCCUCAUUCUGCUUGUUCUGUGGGUACAGUAGGAUGUUGACCCUGAAAUACCAUAGAGUUUCUACACUGUCUGGACUCAUACUGUUGGAUUACCUUAAACCUAAACCACCUUCUGGUUUAAGUCCACCAAAUCAACCCAAGCUUUAAAUAAUAAAAAAACAGACUUUGCGUAGUUGCUGCUAAAGAAACCAAGAAACCAUGGUGAUAAGGAGGAGGGUUAUGGAGGCUACUCGCACUACUGUGUCUCUCCACCAAUCCCCAGCCUGAUCACCAGAAGGGGGACGGAGCAGAUCAUAUCCCAAGUUAUGGAUUAUUCAUCCAUCGCAUCAUGGUUUGGAAAUGGAGGAAGAGAGGGGGAAGAACAUGUCAAAGACCAUAAAAACGUAGGAGAUAAAAGGCUUGGGUUGGAGAGUAGGGGGUGGAGUCCUCUGCUCUGUUUUCUACAUGCAGUUUUUUUGGAGGAGGGGGAGAGAGAGAGAGCCGGGUUGCUACGAGAGCAUUAGAGACUUGCUGCUUCUCAUGGAUGACCAACCAGUGGUGAAUGCUUGAUCUUUUCUUGUACAUAAAGCAGGAGAUUGGGAUUCUGUUCUUAAUCUCAAUGUGGAUCAAGUUAGGAUGAGAGGUGUGUGUUUUGCAUACCAAGGAAGUGAUAUCUGGAAAUAAUCCUAGCCAGCGCUGUACACAACACGUUAUCAUACUUUUUCAGACUCUAAUUGGGUUGCAAUAACAUUAAAAGGACACUAAAGGGGGGCGUUUAAGUUAAGUUCUUUAUUCAUGUGAUUUACCAAACAGAAUGUGUCCGGGGUUGGCUUAACCCGUUGGGGUAAAAAAAGAAGAAGCUAAAUGGAUUUUUGAAAAUAGUUGUCCUUUUUUCAAAGUUUUACUUCAGUCGUUGUCAUUACUGAAUAUUGUGAAACAGCAUCCAUACUAUUUAUGUCUGAGUGCUGAGGAACCAUACAGACGAGAAGAAAAAAAUAGAUUUGAUACACUUUACUAUGUCAUUUAUGGUUAUCUUGUUCACUGGAGUUUCAAAUCGUGGUAUUUUCACCGGAUUCCUUGUGGUGUCUAAAAUCUGAGAUCCAUAGGCUAAUAAAUCUAAACAACAUUUUGUGGUUUAUCUUCAUUCGAUUGGAUUGGAUUUGGUUUAGCUCCCUCUCCACCCACCUUGUUGGACUAGGGGGAUGAACUCUGCACUCGAUUUAGAGGCCUGGGAGAGUAUGACCCUUCUCUCUGAGCUCUGCAAGCAGGACUGAAGGAAGCGCUGUGCUGUGUGCGCAGUAUAGUCAGGAUGGGGAUGGAGAGACUGCGGUUGUGUUUUUAUGCCCACGGGCCACUCUUUCUAUCAGAUUAUUUACUGCAGAGAUUAAAUCAGAGUGAAUGUGGGGUGGGGGCUGGAAUCUGAUUGGCUCCCUCAUGUUAUUGUCCUCUCACUCCAUCUGUACAUUCAGUGGUAGUGGAUGUUUUGCCUCUUUUUGUCUUCUUCCUUUUACCACCACCAGUUGACUAGCAAACACGGUUGUUGUUUUGUUUGUUUUGUCCCAGCAAAUUAAACAAUUUGUCCAAACGGUA